CACACACACACGUAGUAGUGCCACAUUGAGACUACCAGCCACCGAUACCGCGGCUGCUUGUUCCACACUCGUUGUCGCGAUGUUCUACUGCACCUACUAAAUCAUCUCCCACUCAACCUAAUCCUCUUCGGUCCCGUUGCACGUGCGUCGACUUUUCGAUUCCGAUCGCAACUUGUUCGUAGCCGGAACCUCGUUGACGCUCCGCGCCUGCCAGACACACGACUGCCGCGAUGCCACAACCACUGCCCAGCAAGGAGGCGACGCUCUUCCGCUCGCUCGUCAAAUUCUACGAGGGCAAGCUGUACAAGAAGGGCCUCAAAGCUGCCGAGCAGAUCUUGAAGAAAUACCCCACCCAUGGCGACACCCAGGCCAUGAAGGCCCUGAUUCUCAACUCUCAGGGCCAGGGCGACGAGGCCUUUGCCCUCUGCAAAGAAGCCCUCCGCAACGACAUGAAGUCGCACAUCUGCUGGCACGUCUACGGCCUGUUAUGGCGAUCGGUCAAGAACUACCCCGAAGCAAUCAAGUCGUACAAGAUGGCUCUGCGCAUAGAACCGGGCUCGCUCAACAUCCUCCGCGACCUCGCCCUUCUCCAAUGCCAAGUCCGCGACUACGAUGGAUACAUUGAGAGCCGGCGGAAGAUGAUGCAGGAGCGACCACAACUGCGCCAGAACUGGACGGCAUUGGCAGUAGCUUACCAUCUGUCAGGCAACUACGCUGAGGCCGAGAACAUCCUCAAGACGUACGAAGAGACCCUCAAACAGCCUCCCUCCAAGUCAGACCUCGAACACUCCGAAGCGACCCUGUACAAGAACAUGGUAAUAUACGAGUCGGGCGACGUGGAACGUGCGCUGAAUCACUUGGAUGAGGUGGUGCGCGUCAGUCUGGAUCGCACCGCUGCGUUGGAACUAAGGGCGAAAUAUCUCCUUGAGUUGGGACAGAAAGAGGAGGCUGAGAAGGCGUACAGGAUUCUUCUGAGCAGGAACAGCGAGUACCGCGCAUACUUCGACGGCUUGGAGAAGGCCCUUGGCCUGGACCGGUCCAACGACGCCGAUAUCGAGAAGCUGAACGAGCUGUACCAGUCUUUCGCCAGCAAGAAUCAGCGCAACGAUGCUGCGAGGCGGAUACCGUUGGACUUCCUUCAAGGCGAGGCUUUCAAGACACAGGCGGAUGCGUACCUCCGGGGUAAGCUGAACAAGGGCGUGCCCUCGACCUUCCCCAACAUCAAGUCGCUUUACCGAGACGAGGAGAAGAAGGCAGUCAUCGAAGAGCUUGUGCUUGGCUAUGCUUCCAGUAAAGCGACGAGCAACGGAGACAACUCCGACCGUUUCGACGAGGCUGUGCUAUACUUCCUGGCCCAGCAUUACAACUACGUCCAAAGUCGCGACCUGGAGAAGGCCAUGGAGUACAUAGACAAGUUGCUUGAAAAGGACCCCAAAUCAGUCGACUACAACCAGACAAAGGCGCGGAUUUACAAGCACAUGGGCGACGUCCAAAAGGCCGCGGAAAUCCUCGACCAAGCGCGAGAGCUGGAGAAGGGGGACCGAUACAUCAACACCAAGUGCGCUAAAUACCAAUUACGGAACAACGAGAACGAGACCGCGCUCAACACUAUGAGUAAAUUCACUCGCAACGAGACUGUGGGCGGACCUCUUGGCGAUCUUCACGAUAUGCAGUGUAUGUGGUAUCUGCUUGAAGACGGCGAGGCAUACUUGCGACAAGAGAAGCUCGGUCUCGCUCUCAAACGCUUCACCGCCAUUGCAGAUAUCUUUGAUGUGUGGCAUGAGGACCAGUUCGACUUCCACAGCUUCUCAUUACGAAAGGGCCAGAUCCGCGCUUACAUCGACAUGGUCAGAUGGGAAGACCACCUCCGCGACCAUCCUUUCUUCACUAGGGCGGCCACUCAGGCAGUCGAACUAUACGUACGGCUAGCGGACAACCCUAAGCUAUCGAGCUCGGACGAGCUUGAUCUGGAAAACCUAGACCCGACCGAGCGCAAGAAGGCGGAAAAGAAGGCUAAGAAGGAGAGGGAGAAGGCCGAGAAGGCCGAGGCCGAGCGCAAAGCUGCUGCUGCCGCGAAAGCGACUGCCAAGGGCGAUGAUGGCGAGACAAAGAAGGAAGACCAAGAUCCAAAUGGUGAGAAGUUGCUUCGGACAAAGCAGCCUCUUGAGGACGCACUGCGGUUCUUGCAGCCUAUGCUUGAGCUUGCUCCCAAGAACAUUGAAGCUCAGAGCGUAGGUUUCGAGGUCUACCUCCGACGAAACAAAUACCUGCUCGCCCUAAAAUGUCUGCAGGCUGCACGGGAGAUCGACCCAGAGAACCCCAAGCUGCACGAGCAGAGUGUUCGCUUCCGCCAAGCUAUCGCCAAACCCGCUGAGCCCCUCUCAUCUCAGGCCUCGGAGGUCAUCAAGGAGUCUUUCACCACACCGCCUGCCGAUGCCGACCUCAAAGCCUUUAACGAUGACUUCUUGAAGAAGCACUCGCAGAGCGCAUCCCAUCUGCAAUCCGGAUACAACGUCCGGUAUAUACUCGACAACAACUCGAAAUCCCAGAACGAGCAAGAUCUACAGAAGACUUUGGAACUGUCGAAUAUUACGAUAGAAGAAGCUCAAGCCGGACUCGCGCUACUCACGCAGUGGAAGAGCGAACAGAAGGUUAAGGACGACUACAGGGCGAAGGCCGCAGGUCGUUGGGUCUCCGCCACCUGCGACUGCAAGCACCCGUCGUGUGCAAAUUGCGACAAGAAAGGCGACACAUGCAGCUUUCUCAUGCUGGCUCCUUCGUCACGCCUCUCGACAACUUCGACUUCACCCACGUCAACACAACAACACAUGAUAUCACCAUCACCCACACCAAAAACACCAGAAACUCAAAACACACUAGCGUAUUCGCCGACCAACCUGAUCGCAUUCAGCAACGAAGUAGCCCUCGCAACGCAGACGCCACGCCAAACCGAGGUCUUUCUCGACGACAUACCAUUAGACUUCUCAAAAAGUUUAGCAGUAUCACCUUCUCAAGGGGAAUAUCAAGCAGGAUACUUCCCCGAGCUCACCAUACCGCCUUACCUCCGCUUAGACGAUGCCUGGAAAAACAUCCGAGAGCUUCUCCCACCAUCACUACAAGAAGUUCUAUGUCAUUACGAAUUCACAACGUCCCUCACACUCGCGAACGAUGACCCCGCAAAAGCAGCCUGGCAAACCUACGUCCCUGAGAUGGCGCAAAAUCACGACUUCUUAACGAACUGCGUACUUUCCGUCGCCUCGUUACAUCUCGGCCGACUUUACGAUCGCAAAGAGGAUAAGAGGAGGAUGAACGCGUUAGCAGCGGCGCGCAUGAAUAAAGCUCUUGUGAGAUAUAGAACGGAGCUUGAAAACAUAACGCAAGAGAACGCAGCAGCACUCUUUGCGAGUUCGACAUUCACAGCUGUAUAUCUCUUCCGCACCUCCGCAAUUGACAUUGAGAACCUAAUCGCUUCAAUACCACCCGAUACCACCAUCCCACCACCAGACAUAGCCGGCAAAAUGCUCUCCUGCGCCCUCCGCACCAUCUGGGGCCUCCGCGGCCCCCUCACCGUCCUGCUCUCAGGCUGGAACUGGGUAGUAGGAAGUAAUCUCUAUCCCGUCACAGCCCGAGAAUGGUGGCCGCGAACCACUACUCCCGCGACACCGCGUGCUCUUAACGAAGACGCCCGUCUCGCCGCCAUAGAAAAGUUAUGGAAUCAAGAAAGCGAAACGGGUCUAAAGACACAGCACCGCGAAUACCUCUCAGAAGCACUCCUCUACCUCCGCCAAAGCUUCAACCUAAUAAGCCAACUCACACUACCUGAGCGCUACCCCCCCAUGACCGCAGUCCCCUACUCCAUCGACGACACAACCAUCUCCACGCUCACAGACCGCGGCGCAAUUUUCGUGUGGGCGACACGAAUCCCCCGCGAGUUCCUCGCUUUGGUCGAAGCCAAGAAUACACACGCUCUGGUUAUCCUGGCGCACUAUGCUGUGUUGCCUGGCCGAGUGCGGAAUGUGUGGUGGCUUGAGGGGCUGGGCGCGGAUAUCGUGAUAGCGGUUGCGAUGGUACUGGGACGGGAGAAGUGGGGGUUGAUUGAGUGGCCCGCGAGGGUUGUGGGGUUGGAACUGGAGAGUGGGGCUAUGGGGAGGAGGAGGGAUCGGUUGGAGGGGGGGACGUGGGAGAUGUGUAUGGAUGUUAUAUAG